CUUUCUUCGAUUAUACAACGGUUAUUUUUGCAUUAUUUGCUUUUGCUUUAUGCUGGUACAUAUUCAAGAGACCGAAAAACUUUCCGCCAGGUCCACACGGGCUUCCUUUAGUUGGUUACGCCCCGUUUUUGAACAACAAUAUGGCGGAGGAUUUCAUGAAAAUGAAAACAAAAUAUGGCUCCGUUAUGUCUGUGCAAAUUGGCCUCUGGGAUUGUGUGAUUCUAAAUGAUUACGAUGCUAUUUAUGAGGCAUUGGUAAAGCAAGGCAAAAAGUUUUCCGGUCGUCCGAACAACUUUUUGUUUGAUUUGAUUACACAAGGCUGCGGUAUCGUAUUUAUCGACUAUGGUCAGUUAUGGAAAUCUUCAAGAAGGUUUGGAUCGAGAGCACUGAAUGGAUUCGGCGUUGGUAAAAAAGAGAUGGAAAGAAAUGUAAGGGAAGAAACUUUCUUUUUGAUUAAAAGUCUAACGAGGAAAGAAGACAGGCGCAGUUUGCUUUUGAAACUAACAUCGGCAACCUCGAAUAUCAUUUGUAGAUUGGUUCUGGGGACAAGAUUUGAUGAUAAUGACAAGAGAAUUAUGCGAAUGACUGAGCUCUUACACGAUUUUUUUGCAGUCACUACAGAUUCAAAACUCUGCGGCCUGGUAGCGAUUGCUCCGUUUCUCCGAUUCAUUCCUCCAUUCAGCGGAUCUAUAAAACGUGCUUGGGAUGAUACCGUCGAAUUUUCUGGUGAAGACGGAGUACCCACUAUGAAACAUCGAGAUGAAAUGCCUUAUACUUGCGCUUUCAUACAAGAACUAAUGAGACAUAGGACAUUGUUGCCUUUGAGUGUAUUUCACAAGACGAUUGAAGAAGCGACACUAAACGGAUAUACUAUCCAGAAAAACGCCACGGUCUUCCCAAAUAUAUGGUCGGUUCACUUUGAUCCAAAAUAUUUUGAAAAUCCGAGAGAAUUUCGACCUGAGCGAUUUCUCGACAACGACGGCAAAUUCAUCAAAUCAAAUCACGUGAUACCGUUCUGCAUUGGACCUCGACAUUGCCUGGGCGAACAGCUGGCCAUAAUGGAGAUGUUCAUCUUCCUAACAGGAAUUGUACGAAAACUGAAAGUUGUACCUGACCAAUGCAAACCUGUCCCUCCUUUCGACGUCGGUAGAUUUAAUAUUCUAGCAUACGAGGCUCGAGACUUUGAUGUGAUUUUUGAGAGACGUUAAAUUUUUAAUAUAG